AUGCCCCGUUUGGACGUCGCCCGACCGGAAGGCGCGCUCGCCAGGCUGGAAAGUGAUUGCGGGGAUCAGCUCGUUUCGGGGACGCCGUGGAAACGCACCGGGAACCUCGAUACCCGGAGAACCCUGUUGUUACCAGAAGUUAAAGCUAAUGACCGGGAAACAAGCGGCCACUACAUUUCUCCUCGCCCCGUGAAGCCCAAGGCCGCACCGCCACCACGGCCUCGCGUUCUGUUCUCCGCGGCUCAGGUGGCGCAGCUGGAGCAGCGCUUCACGCAGCAGCGCUACCUCUGCGCGGAGCAGCGGAACGUCCUGGCGCACCUGCUGGAGCUGACGUCCACGCAGGUCAAGAUAUGGUUUCAGAACAGGAGGUACAAAUGCAAGCGGCAACGGCAAGACCAGUCGUUGGAGCUAGCGGGCUACCCGGCCCUCUCACACCCCCCGAGGAGAGUGUCGGUCCCGGUGUUGGUCCGGGACGGGCAGCUCGUCUGCCAGGCCGCAGGGGCCCGUGCAGCGGCAGGGCAGAGCGGUGGGGCCCUCGGUCCCUCCGGUCCCGGCUGUGGAUAUUACCGCCACUCCGACGCCUUGUACGGCUACAACAACAACAACAACAACAACGUGUCUGUCGCUUGUCUCACCCACCUAACCGCCGCUCAGACGGCUGACCGUCACCCGGCUGACCUGGGCCUGAUGGACACUCGUUACGGACCUUCCAACGGGACGUUCAGCUUCGGACACAUUCAGCCGUCAAGAGGUUGGCUCGAUUAGAAUGAGUUCAUAGAAAUCUAGCAUCGAUUUGGAAUAUUCAUUGUAAUUUUUUAAUUGCUUUGCUUUUUUAAAUAUUAAUUUGCAAAUUAGUUGAAAUAAAACGACGCAAAGGGGGCUGCU